CAACUCUCAAUUAUUUUUUAACAAUCUAAUUUAUAAAUUUAUUGAGAUUUCAUGUAUAAUUAUCUAAUGUGUAUACUAUCUAUCAUUCAAUUGUCCUUAGUCUAAUUAAUGUCAUAUGUGUUUAUCUUAUUUAGUUGAAUAAACGAAAAACGAAAAAAAAAUUUUUUUUUUGAAAGUGAAAAAAAAUAUUUAAAUCAAAUGUUUCACAAUAAUAAUAAUAGUAACCAAAUGGUUAUUAAAUUUAUAUUGAUUCUUUGUUUAUCACCAUCAUCACUUAUAUCAUUAUUGUCUAUGUUUGUUUUAAAUUCAUGUGAAGCAUAUUAUUUACCCGUGAAAUAUAAUUUUGAUCAUGAUUUAAUUGAUUAUUUAACAAAUGUGAGUGAAUUAAAAUAUUAUCCACGUCAAACAAGAUCAUUUUACUCACGAGAAGAACUGGCACGUUAUUUAAAUCAUAUGUUACAAGAAGAAGAAGCAUCUAUGAACAAACUGCCGAUUUCUCCUUUACGAUUUGGAUAAUAAGGUUAAUGGAAUCAAGAAUAGAACUAAAUUAAACUUUAUGUUCAAUUAAUUGUGAAUGUUAUGAUAAAGGAAAUAAAACGAUUAUUCAUUUGGU